AAUUUUUUUUUUUUUGUGUAGGAUAUUUAGUAGGCGAGACAUGGAUAAAGAGACCCCCAAUAUAAAGAAAUGGAUUGUGCUUUAUCCGGUUUAUAUUAACUCGAAGAAAACUAUGGCGGAAGGGAGACGAAUCAGUGUCGCGAAAGCGUGCGAAGGUCCUACUUGUGCUGAGAUUGCUGAUUGUUGCAGCUACUUCAAACUCCCAUUUGCAAUUGAGAUAGAUAAGGCUUAUCCGCGCGAUUUCAUGCAAAUUGGGAGAGUGAGGGUCUUGCUUAAAAGGGAAGAUGGAACUCCAUAUAAUCCAGACAUUACUUCCAGGAAACAGCUGAUGCUGAAAGUUGCGGAGAUGGUUCCCAGACAUCCUGGGAGGACUAGGAAGCAGGAGCCCGCCACAUCCACAUCAAGUGCUGGACCUGCCAAAUCUGGGAAACAUGGAAAGAAAAAGAGAUAGCUCCGCUCCAGUCUCACAAAUCACUCACUCUCAGCUUAGACAUUUCAUGUUGUAUACCCUAGUUAUGUUUGAAAAUUCAUACAUGAUAUCAACCAUCAUGUUUGAGGACGAUUCAUUUGUUUUGGUUUGAACCCUUUUGGAAAGUUGGAGAUCAUUUUUCGUGUC